AUGCUCCCCCUCGCAAGACCCGCCAUGCAGGGCGCCCUGUGCGCGCGUCCUCGGCUGGCCCUCCUCCCUCGUGUCCAGCCCAUGGCUUUUCUCUCGACCUCCACCGUGAAAUCAGCAACUGCUCUUGAACGCCAAUCACCAUCGGGUCAAACACUCACUGCGUCCGGCAAAGUCCGGAAGGAGGUCGCCCUACCCAGUCAAGAAAAGAAGGAAGGUGCUAUGCAAUAUGUCUUGACAACUCUCGAUCAGGUCGCAAACUGGGCUCGGCAGAGCUCAUUGUGGCCCAUGACUUUCGGUCUCGCUUGCUGCGCCGUCGAGAUGAUGCACCUUUCCACUCCCCGGUAUGAUCAGGAUCGCCUAGGAAUCAUUUUUCGUGCCUCGCCCCGACAGUCCGAUGUGAUGAUCGUCGCAGGUACAUUGACAAAUAAGAUGGCACCCGCUCUUCGCCAGGUCUACGAUCAGAUGCCCGAUCCCCGAUGGGUUGUCAGCAUGGGUAGCUGCGCCAAUGGUGGUGGCUACUACCACUACAGCUACUCGGUUGUCCGGGGCUGCGACCGUAUUGUACCAGUGGAUGUCUACGUUCCUGGAUGCCCGCCUACGUCCGAGGCCUUGAUGUACGGCAUCUUCCAGCUCCAGAAGAAGAUGAGACACACUAGGAUUACGCGCAUGUGGUACCGGCGUUGA